GUUGCCUUCAUCAAAUUCUCCCUCCAAUUCUCAUUACAAAGGCGUGUGUUGGAGCUAAGCAGAGUAUGGGUGCUGGAAGGAAAACACAAACGUUAUAUUGCAGUGAGAGAACUGACAAAUCAUCAUCAUCAACUGUGAGAAAUAAUACGGCUGCAAGAAAUCUGAAGAAAGAUGAUCUUGGUGGUGUGAUUUUUGGCUGUAAAAACAGUACGAUUACAGAAUGUCUAUCCAAGCAGCUCUUUGGGUUACCUGCUCCUCAUUUUUCUUAUGUGAAGAACAUAAUGCCUGGAUUGCCAUUGUUCUUGUUUAACUAUAGCGAUAGGAAGCUUCAUGGCAUUUUUGAAGCUGCAAGCAUGGGUCAUAUGAAUAUAAACCCAUACGGAUGGACCAAUGAUGGUUCAGAAAGAACUCAAUUUCCAGCUCAGGUACGAGUAUGCGUCCGACAGCAUUGCCAACCGCUGGCAGAGCAACAAUUUAAGUCUCUUAUAAGUGAAAACUAUUACACUAAUGCAUAUUUUUGGUUUGAACUGGAUCACGCACAAGUUGAUCGCUUGAUUGCUUUAUUUUCUGUAAAUCCCAAUUUUCGUUCUCUUGAAACUGAUUUUCCAAGGGGUGCACCUCCAAAGAGCAGCUGGCUUGAUUCGUUGACUUUGCCUACUUAUGAGUUGCCUAUUGAUUCAUCAUAUAGUGUCUUUUCUGCUGACUAUAACAUUGAGUCGAGUGGUUCAAAAGGAGGGUCAUAUGCAGUUGAUUGUGGAAAGGCAAACAAAAUUUUACAUCAUAAUGGUUCAGAAGACAUUGAAUGGUGUUGCUCUAGUAAAACCUCUUCCAGCAUACAUGAAGAGGAGGAUUCAAAGCAAUCGGCCUUAGAUGGUGUCACAAGUCCUAAAACCGAUGUGGAGGAACGGGGUGUUAUUGUGGAUGGUGCGAAGAGUCCUAAAAUUGAUCUGGAGGGAGGGGAAUUUGUCCCAGAUGGUGACAUAAGUACAAAAAUUGAUCUGGAGGAAGAUGAUACACUAAGCAGUGUUGAGGGAACAGUCAUGGAUGAAGAGUAUGUUUUGGAGAAAAUAAAGAAGCUUGCUAUUGAUCGUGAAUCAUCCAAAUCGCCGAUUCAAGUGCAUGACAAUGGUAUUGUUGAACAAGAGGAUGACAAAUGGUUAGCCACAAGUAAAACAGAGCAUCAAAAGGCGGCUGAAGGAACUCGAACAUACCAGACAAACAUUUAUUUGUAUAUAGAUCAGUUGAAAGUAGAUGUUCACUCAUUAAAGAACGCUUUAUCGGAGCAAAAUCAACAGACCAAACUUUUAGAGCAAAAGCAGAGGGAGUCGGACAAAGUGAUUCAAGAACUGAGGGAACAUAUAAGGAAGUUGGAGUCUGAAGUACUCACUGUAUCAGAUUCAAAUAUUGAGGAACUUGUCUUUCUAGUAGGAGGUCAUGAUGGUGUGUCCUGGUUACAAAGAUUGGAUGCAUACUUUCCUCACAAAGAUGUAUUGAAGUCGCUUAAGCCAAUGCAUUCUGUGCGUUCAUAUGCAUCUGCUGCUUCCUUGAAUGGUUCUCUCUAUGUUUUUGGUGGUGGAAAUGGCAGUAGUUGGUAUGAUACAGUUGAGAGUUAUAAUCCAAGCAAUGAUGAAUGGAGUGUAUGCCCAUCAAUGACACAUAAGAAAGGAAGCCUUGGAGCUGCUACCUUACAGAGCAAAAUUUUUGCUGUUGGUGGUGGUGAUGGAGUUCAAAGUUUCUCUGAUGUUGAGAUUUAUGACCCCAUACUUGGGAAGUGGGUCGUUAUUGGGUCAAUGCUUGAAAAGCGAUUUGCAACAGCAGCUGCAGUCUUGAAUGGCUCUCUCUAUGCUGUUGGUGGAUUUAAUGGGAAUGAAUACUUAAAAUCUGCUGAAAGAUUUGAUCCUAGAGAGGUAUCCUGGAAUAGGAUUCCAAGUAUGACCUUUAAAAGGGGAAGCCACUCAAUUGCUGUACUGAAUGAUAAAAUAUAUGCAAUUGGUGGCUAUGAUGGACAUAGUUUUGUAUCUUAUGUUGAAAUAUUUGACCCUCGUGCUGAUGCUUGGAUGAUGGGGGAACUUAUGACUGGUCCUAGAGGAUAUGCCACUGCCUCAGUGCUUGGCGAUGCUAUAUUUGUCAUCGGAGGUCUUGUACGGGAGAGACUUCAAAUGACCGAUACGGUUGAGUGCUAUCGAGAAGGUGCAGGUUGGACAAAUUUCGUGUCGAAAGCCAUUGGAAGGCGAUGCUUUCAAUCAGCAGUGAUUUUGUAGGGUGUACAGAUGAGAUUUUGAAUAGCAUCACUCGGGGGUAAUAGAAAAGGUUUGGAUGGGAGGGAGUUUCAUGAUUUUUAGGACCGGCCUUUUGUUAAAUUGGAUUUGCCUCUUUUAAUCUGGCCCUCAUUUCUCGUUUACGUUAGAGUUUCUGGUUUCUAUUCAGGUUCUUGUCAGUGUGUCUUUGUAAGCUUCUGUUAACUUGCAGUAGAAGGUACGUUUCAAGUUUUAA